UGGAGCUCGUCGACCUUGCUAAUCGGGAAACCAACGAUCGAUCGGCGCUCCAGAACGCACGAAAUGGACCCACCUCGCCAGUUCGCUUCGCAUUUGGAGCCCAGCUUCAACGUUGAAGUGGUGUUGCCGUCCGACGUGCUGGAAGUGAUCGUGGAGGAAGACCGGCAGCUGCUCUCGCCCCCACGCGAUAAAGAGGAAGAGGAGGGCCGAAGCGAGCCGGACGUGCGAGCCGACUCGGACGGUUGCGAUUCAGAGGCGGCCGCCGGGACGAAGCGCUUGAGCUGCCUGCAGUGCUGCCAGAGUUUUGACAACAAAUACCGGCUGGUGCACCACAGCAGGAUGCACACGGGCAAGCAAAUGGUCUGCACAGUGUGUGGCAAAAACCUCUCCAGCAGGAGCAACCUGCGCACGCACAUGAGGACGCACUCAUCGGAGAAAACCUUCACCUGCUCCGUGUGCGGCAAAGGCUUCUCCGUCAAGAGAUACCUGGUGUCCCACAUGCGAAUACACACAGGAGAGAAACCUUACUCCUGCUCCGUGUGUGGCUCGGGCUUCAGCUACCGCAUGUCGCUGGUUCUCCACAUGAGAACGCACACGGGAGAGAAACCCUUCUCCUGCUCCGCUUGCGGCAAACGCUUCUGCCAGAAAGGCCAGCUAAGAGCGCACACCAGGACGCACACAGGAGAGAAACCCUUCUACUGCUCACUUUGCGGAAAGACGUUUUCUGAGCGGGGGCACAUGAUUUCGCACAUCAGGUCGCACACGGGUGACAAACCGCACGCAUGCUCGCUGUGCGGGAAAACCUUCGCCACCAAGAGGAACGUGACUGUCCACACCAGGACGCACACCGGCGAGACGCCGUUCGGCUGCAGCCUUUGUCACAAGAGAUUCCCGCACAAGUAUCAGAUCACACGACACAAGUGCGCUAACGUGCAGUAGCUCGGCUGCAGAGUUGCGUGAAAAUCCCGUCCCGGUGAUCCUGGAGUCAGGAGUGAUUGCCAACGGAAUCAUUUGCUCAUUGCCGACUUCGUACGCGGUGAACAUUUUAGGGACUAUCGAGGCUUUCUUAUACACUUUCUUACGAAGCCUUCUCUCAGGAGUCAAACGCACUCUGCGGACAAAAUCCACAUUGUUUUUUUUUAAGGUGGGGAAGUAAUCACAUAUUGCGAGUUUUGUUUAACCUAUAGCACAAUGAAUAAUAGUGUUAUGCUGUUUUUAAACCCACAGUUUACUUGUGAGUUUUGUCAAACCCAUAACACAUUGAACAAUAGUGUUAUGCUGUUUUUAAACUUACACUGUUAGUCAGUUCGUAAUUAAGAACAAACUGUGUUUUAAUGUUUUACAUUGUAAACCUUAGUCAAACUAAACUUAAACUGGACACGUAUCUUAAUCCUGCAAAUGCCCCAUUAUAGAUGGCACAAAACUGUUGCACUUAAAAGCAACAUGAGGGUCAUUUUGUGUAUUAAUGGCGGGCCUCUCCGAUUGUGGCAUAUUACACUAUAAAAUGGCUCGAGUGUCAACUUC